AUGCCUCGAUCAGUAAUUCUCAAUACUUCUAUGGGAAGAAUUACAAUAGAAUUGUAUGAUGAUCACGCAAAGAAAACCUGUGAUAAUUUUUUUGAACUAGCGAAGCGUGGAUACUAUAAUAAUACCAUAUUUCAUAGAAUUAUUGAAGAUUUCAUGAUACAAGGAGGAGAUCCAACUGGAACUGGACGAGGAGGAAGUUCAAUUUACGGUCGCACAUUUGAAGAUGAAAUACAUCCAGAUUUAAAACAUACGGGAGCUGGAAUCAUUAGCAUGGCUAAUGCUGGACCAGAUUCAAAUGGAAGUCAAUUUUUCAUAACAUUAGCACCUACUCCUCAUUUAGAUGGGAAACAUGCGAUAUUUGGGAGGGUAAGUGAUGGUAUCGAGAUAGUCAAACGUAUAGGUAAAGUUACCGUUGAUCGAGACGAUAGACCAAAAGAAGAUGUGAAAAUUAUAUCUACCCAAGUUAAUGAUGAUUAA